AUGGAAUCUAAUAAUAAAAAUAUCUUUGAUGAUGUUAUCAAUUCUGAGUUUGAAAAUAAUCUAUCAAGUUCAUCAAGCAAAAAAUUACUUGAUUCUUCUAAAAAUGAACCACAGUCUAAAAAUAAAACCAACUUCAAUUCUUCUGAAAAUAAUCAGAUA